GUAAACAUGGCGGCAGGCAGAAGAGUUCAUAGUUUGUAUGAUUUAGCAACUUUUACAACAGUUAGGAAUUGUGAUUUAUUCAAGUUAGAGUAUCGCUCACUGCCGAAUGCCGUUCAGUGUGACAUAUAUCGAACGCUCUUCGACUCAGGGAAGAAUGAGGUAUUGGUAUCCGAACUAAGUGAGUUAGAUGUCGUUUCAAAGGCUUUAAAAGCUGGAGACACAAGGGUCAAGCUUUAUGCAGUGUUCCAAGGUUUGAGAGAAGAAGGAUUUGACUUAUCAAAAGUCCUUUCAGCAGAGUUUGUCAAGAGGUGUCACAAGGCAUUCAAUGAAGGAGAAACAUCAGAUCGACAUCUCAUUCAGAAACUGUUAAAAACAGGGAUGUCACUUGGUGGUUUCCUAUCAGAGGCUGGAUGGUAUGAUGAUGCAGAGAAGAUAUUAACUGUUAGUCACAAGCUGUGUAACAUUAGAGAACCAGAUGAAUGUAGAAUAGCUUGUAAAUUUCUGACAAGACUGCUCCAUCUUAGAACUGCAAAUUGUAAAUUUGACUCAGCAAAAGAUACCUUUAGAGAAGCCACAGAAAUGACAAGUAAGAUAGCCAGCAAAAAUGAGCUAGACAUCAACUUGGCAGUUCUUUAUGGAGAAAAAUGUGGCCUGCUCUUUGCACUUAGUGAUUAUGAGGAGGCAUACAAAUACAGCAUGAAGGCCUUACAGAAAAUUUGUCCUGGAUUGCCCAUGAAGGCUGUAGUUGAUAUUCUAAGAAACGCAUCCAAGGCUUGUGUAGUGAAGCGCAAAUUCAAGAAAGCAGAACUUUUGAUAAAGCAGGCCAUGUUUUUAGCCAAGCAGCAUUUUGGAUGUGAUCACCCAAAGUAUGCAGAUACACUAAUUGACUAUGGUUAUUAUCUCCUCAAUGUAGAUGCUAUAAAUCUCUCUGUCAAAGUAUACAAGGAAGCUUUUCGUACUAGGUUUUAUGUCUUUGGAUACAACAACUUACAUGUAGCAACAGCUCAUGAAGAUCUUAGUUAUGCUUUGUAUGUCCAUGAAUACAGUACAGGGAACUUUGAAGAAGCCAGAUACCAUGCAGAAAGAGCCAUCAGUAUUAUCACAAAACUUUUCCCUGAAGAUCAUUUACUUCUUGCUUCAUCAAAAAGAGUGAAAGCCCUUAUUCUAGAAGAAAUAGCAAUUGACACUCCAAUUAGACAGAAAGAAGAAGAAAUUUUAAAAGAAGCUCAGGAGCUUCAUUUAGCUUCACUUGAUCUGGCUAGGAAAUCAUUUGGAGAAAACAAUGUUCAAACAGCAAAACAUUAUGGAAACUUAGGACGUCUUUAUCAGUCAAUGAGAAGAUAUGAAGAAGCAGAGGUAAUGCACAAGAAAGCAAUUGAAAUUAAAGAAAGAAUACUUGGAAGUGAAGACUAUGAAGUGGCACUGUCAUUGGGUCACUUGGCAUCAUUAUACAAUUAUGACAUGGAGCAAUAUGAAAGGGCUGAGCAGUUGUACUUGAGAUCAAUUGCAAUAGGUAGAAAACUGUUUGGAGAUGGGUACAGUGGUCUUGAGUAUGAUUACAGAGGACUUAUUAAUCUCUAUGAUUCUCAAGGUAAUUUUGACUUUAUGGAGAGAUAUCAUCAAACGCUGAUGGACUGGAAAGAUCUGCGGGAAAACGCAUCCAAAGCAGAGUCUGCUCAUGACAAGACACCUGACCCAUGGCCUACAGGGAAGUUUAUACAAUAUUUUCUGAAUCAGCCUGACUGAUAAUAAUGUGACUUUUAGGAAAUAUCAUUGAUGUUUAGGCAUUAAUAUUUAAGAAAUUGUAUCUCCUUGGAAAGCCCAAGAAAUUGUGUAAAGAUGACAUUUGGGAUUUCAUUCAAAAUUAUCCUUACGGAAUUUUAUUAUGGAUAUGCUAGCAAAUGUGUAAUAUAAAGUCAAGAUGACGUAAAACUACAAGAGUCAUUUCUGCCUUUGUGAGUGAUGCACCUGGUGUUAAACUAUUAUUUGGUGCAUUUGCAUUAACUAAUUUUUGUAUGUAAAACAAAUUUCAAUUUAUGGGCCUUGUAUAUUUUUUUUGGUCGGUUGUAAUUGUUGAAAAGAAAAUUACGUAGUAUAUUACGCUCAUUUAGGUAAUUCUCGUAAAUUUAGUCAUGUGUAAACCAAUGUAAGUAUGAAACACGAAAUAGAAUAGUUAUUUUAAAAUUAACUUCUUAAACUUUCAAAAAUAAUUUAACAAAGCGUAAUAUAUGCUUCUUUACAAUGAUAUUGAUAUUUUAAUACUACUGUUAGCAGAAAGAAUUAAGUAAAGAGAAGCAGAAAGAUUCAUGCUAACACUACCAAGCAAAAGAUAUAGAAAGGUUUAAGGCAAAGAGAGUAGAAAAGAUGAUGGAAGAUAAAGUCAAGAACAGUUAAUUUGAACAUGUUACUUACUUAACAACCAGUCAGGGAUCAGAAUCAGUGUUUCUCUGAAACAUGGAAAGGGCGUUAUAACACAAUUUACCUUGAGUGUACGAAUAAACGUAAAGGUUUGACAAAUAUGUUAUUUACUACUAAAAAAUGAAGGGCAUAGUACAUAUAAAUCUCAACCACCUUUGAGAUCAUGAAGAAAGAAAGCAAUCACGCAUCCUUUCUAUACAACAGAAUAAUCUCUCUUAAUUCUGCGUUCCUAUUAAUUUUGUAAGGAAAGUGUUUCCAUCUUAAUAGGAAUGGCAUCGUUAUCAAUCAAAUUUUUAAUUUACGUGAACGAAUUGCUUUUCUCCACAAACUUUGCAUUUAAAUAUUUUAUUGUGAGCAUAUAAAACUUUCACAAACAAAAUCAAAUUGAUGGGAUCGAAAUUAAAUGGGUAUAUGUGUUAAUAGUUGUAAAGUAAGACUUGUUUUAUAAACGUUAACCUGUGUAGUGUAUCAAUAAAUUAAAUACAGUACAAACCAAAAAAGACAAAUAAACAUGAUCAUUAUUCA